UGUUCCAUAGGCGUAAUUUUAUCUACAAUAUAUAGAAAAGACAAGAAGAUAACAAUUCUAUAUGUAAUAUAAUAUGCGUCAGUCGAGAGAUUUAUGCACUGAAUUCCCCAGUAAUAUAUAAAUAUACAUAUACAGGAUAGUAGUUUAAUUUCUAAAUUAAGACAGUGACUGACUGACUGACUGACUGGUUUCAACAUAGCACUUUACACAGAUGUGCACUAGUUCGAGUCGCCACACUUCACUUAGCACACAAAGCAAGAAAGGGAAGUAAAAAGAAAUGCAAAACAGAGCUAUUAGGCAAGGCGAAUAGUAAUACAGAAGAACGAUAUAGUUUCAUUGGGUAUUAUAAGUCACACAAAAUGGAUACCUCUGUGCCAUCACUAAGAACGAUUUCGACCCAUAUCAACAAUUGUCUCCAGCCUUCAUUGGUGUUAACCAUCUUGAGGACCCAAAACAGGAAGUCGACACCAUCCUACAUGACUGACUUAAACUAACUGUUGUGGAUUUGAUUGACUGAUGAAGCCAUGUUUUGGUUUGAUCACCACUAACCAGCUCUUUUCCAGCCUGACCAAUCCUAUGCCAGCUAACAUUGCCCGUCGAGGACGGCGAUCGAUGGUUAGGCAUGUGUAACACAUGUCUCUAUCACAUGUCCUAAGCAUCUCAACAGGUCAUAGAUAUAGUUAACUCACCAUAUCAACAAAUCGCGAAGUGGCUAGCUGAUAUCCUCGAACCAGUUAAAAGACAUAUGACAAAAUAUAGCCUCAGAGAUACAUUUGACUUCAUCGACUCAGUGAAGAAUGUCAACGUGUCUGAAAGACAAAUGAUCUCAUUAGAUGUCGCCUCUCUAUUCACAAGUAUCCCCCUAACCGAAACAAUAUGCUUCAUUUGUGAGUACAUCGAAACCAACAACCUAGAAGUUCCUCUCCUCAUAAACUACCUGAAGGAACUUCUCAGAUGUACGUCCAAUAUCCAGUUCAAAUUCAAUGAGCAGUUCAAAGUACAGAAAGAUGGAGUAGCCAUGGGAUCUCCUCUUGGUCCACUCCUAGCCGACUGUUUCAUGGCGAGUCUCGAAAACAACAUCUUUGAUCCCUUGAUAUGUCAACUGCACUUAUACAAGAGAUAUGUAGAUGAUACGUUUAUAAUCUGUGAUGAAAAAUGUGAUUUAGAUUCCCUCCUCAAAACCUUCAACGCAGAGCAUUCAUCAAUAAGAUUCACCUUAGAACGCGAAUCGAACAACUCAAUUCCAUUCCUCGAUGUACUACACACCAGAAGACACAACUGUACGAUCCAAAGGUCGAUAUACCGCAAGCCAACAUGGACUGGACACUUUAUCAACUUCCAGAACUUUGUUCCACUGAUCCGAAAGAGAAACCUGGAACGUACAUUGUGUUCAAGGAUUAGAAAAAUCUGCUCGGAAGACAUGGUAGAGAAAGCAUUAAAUUUAUUACGUGAAACCCUACUAGAGAAUGGGUAUCCACCAAGAUUUAUCGAAAAAAACAUGAAGGAAAAGCCUCCGGUAUCAAACAUCACAACGGUUCCUAAGAAGACUCUCCUCAUGAACCUAGCAUUCAAAGAUGAUAUCGCAGCGGAAAUUCUCAGAAACCGCCUUUCUAAAAGUCUGAAGAAGACAUUUCCAACAGCCACUCUACGCAUCACAUUUUCCUGCAAACAGUUAAUCCAGUCUAACGCUAAGGACAAGAUACCGCUUUUCACCACUUCAAUGUGUAUUUAUCAAUUUACUUGCUCGUGUGGAGCAAAGUAUAUCGGCCGUACGCAACGUCAAGUCCACAAACGUAUUCUGGAACACUGCCCAGCUUGGGUUUAGCCAGAGGAGAAAAGAAGAAUAGCAACAGCUCUAUCCUCGAACACUGUCAUCUCCGGACAUCGAGCACCCCCACAUGAAUGCUUCACAGUUGCACUUUUAGCAUUACGUAAUCAGAUGAAAAAGAGGUGAAAAUAUCCAGUUAUCAGGGCAUAGAAAGACUGAUAACUGUUUCGUUCUGAACGCACAAAUUAGGUUUCAGGCGCUUGAUGGAGAUGGCUUCAGCAAACUUGAAGAGAAUCGAACUCUUUUACC